AUGACCUCCCGCUUCCUGGGCUCGCUUCUGCUUUUCAGCGGUUUUCUUCCUGCACCGACCGGUCGACCCCUACAGACCGACUCACCUGCAAGAUUCUAUGCACUUGUUGGCGAUGACGUCACCCUUCCAUGUCUUCUUCCCAUGCCUGACGUCACACCUGUCAAUUUGGUGGAGUGGUAUCGGAUGGAUCGUCAAUCGCUAGGGUCAAAUCAACAAACGAUCCUUCACGCUGUCCGCAAUGGACUAGCGCUUGUGAAGGACCAGGACCCCCAGUACCGAGGCAGGACGGCCAUAAUGGCGAACGGCUCUCUGGAACUUCGGAAUGUCACGCCGCGAGACUACGGCAACUUAAACUGCAAAGUUUUAAGACCACAAUCCGAGAGACGCGAAGAAAUAGCGGUUGUCUCUCUGAUUCAAGCUAAGGUGUCCGAGAUCAACUUGACUGUCCAUCAGUCUGUUGUCCACUGCAAGUCCAGUGGGUGGAGCCCGGAGCCACUCAUUUCACUGGUGAACGCCACGGGAAACGCCUUCCCCGCCCAGAAGGAGCCACCCGUGGAAGAAGGCGGCCUCUUCACUGUGUCGGUUCACCUGAACAUCACUGCAUUCAAAGGAAGUGAAACCCUGAUCUGUCGGGUAGAGAUACCUGGAAGCCACGUGUUGAGGGAGAAAACAAUUACAGUCACAAUUCCUGUCACUGAGGUUGAUUCUCUGGAGGGGGGCUUCUGGAACCCUGUAAUCUUUGCAAUGCUGGGGUUAGGGUUAACCCUUUCCAUCCUGUCCUUCCUCUUUGUCGUGUACAUGCGGCGUCCAAAGAUUCAAGUGCUCAUGGACAUCCUCAUGAUGACCACUACAGGAGCUUCUGAGGACACAGCGAAAAACAACAAGACGUUUGACGAGCACGGUAAUCUGCUGAUUGGAGUCAAAGCCUCUGAACAGCUGGCGAGCCAAGACUGGAUAGAGAUUCAGAAGUACCGGAAUACCAUCAUCAGUGUGGGACAAUUACUCAGAGUUCACCCCGCCCUCAUCGCCGCCAUCAUCUCCCGACAGUCACGGGGUGGAACCCAACUGAAACCCGAUGGCUUUGGAAAAUUUGACUCACAGUGCUACGGUCUCAUGCAGAUUAAUAAGACUUACCACGUAACUGAAGGUGACGCAGAAAGCAGCGAGCAUGUGAAACAGGGAGCCACUUUCUUGAAACUGCUCAUCAAGACCAUGAUGAGAACGAAGAACUGGACCAGAGAGCAACAGCUGAAAGGAGCGUUAGCUUGUUACAUCGCAGGUACGGAGAAAGUCAUCGCGCUGGACGACCCUGAAGAGGUGGACAGUGUGACGCCGGGCGGGGACUUCGCCAAUGACGUGGUCGCCAGAGCACAGUGGUUCGCUAAUCAUGGAUACAUGGAUACAGACAGUGUGGAUUAACCUUGAAAAACUGCUUCAGUAUUUAGUCAUUUGUAGCCUUUUUUGAAGUGUCAUGUUACAAACUGACCUUCUGUGGUUUGUUUUGUAAGAAAAACGCUGCUACGUUUUUAUUUCACCCUCACAAUUUUAUCUUUCUAUAAUGAAGUACUUGCGUGAAUAUAUAUAUAUAUAUAUACA